AUGUCACUUAAAGAAAAUCUUGAAAGGAAUUGCUUUGAUCAGUGCAAUUUAGGGGUAAAAUUGGGUAAGUCGAAUGGAAUCGCUUCCUGCAAAGUGACUGUUCAAAGAAAAAGUGCAGAGCAUUUGUUAUUUAACUACGCCUUUACCAAGUGUUGCAAGGCAGCUGUAGCUACAGAUGCUCACGACAAUUCAAACAAAUCAGCAGAAAAAGGUUUCACUCUUGAUACUCCUCCUCCUCAUAUCAAUGAAUGCGCCCUUGGAAUACAUAAUUGUGAAAGAGAUGGAGAUCAGUAUCAGUGUGUCAAUAUACCAGGUUCAUAUCACUGUGUGAAACAUGUCAAUAGCCUCCCGACACCUCUACCAAAGAUCGAAGCUAAAGAAUUUCAUACUACAACUAGCGAAAUCAUUGCUGCUACACCGACUAUUGUUGUAUCAACACAAACUGCAUCCACAUACAUCACAUUAGAUAUUACGUCAUACAGAUCGCAGUUACCCACGUUAUUAGAAAAAUCAGAUAAUAAAAUAUAUGAUGAACAACCUGGUUUUAUAAGCGUAAAUAUAUCAAAUGAAUUCAGUGCUAACAAAAUAACAAAAACAGUAAAAGAGUAUGAACCUCUAUUUACACUUGAAUCUACUGUAUCUUUACAAAAUCUCCCAAAAUCAAUAGAAGCUGAUGAGACAUAUGAGUAUAGUGAAGUUACAGAGGUUCCUGAAAUACCAACUUUACCAAAAUUGUCAAUUUUAAAUAUUGGUGAAAAAACUGCAUCUAGUCAAAAACUUGGCGAUGAUUCAGCUUUAGUAAAUACAGAGGAAAUGCCUAAAAAUGAAUGGAGCCAAAUAAAUGAAACAUCCACAGACUGCCAAAUAGGUUUCGAAAUGGACUCUUUAGGUUUAUGUUUUGAUAUCGAUGAAUGUGUGAAGGGAACCCAUCUAUGUGAUCAGUAUCAAAACUGUUUCAAUACCAAUGGAAGUCAUGAAUGUCGCUGCAAGCAGGGGUUUGAAUUGGACUCAACUGCUGGGAUUUGUGUUGAUGUCGACGAAUGUGCCACAGGUGACACCAUAUGUGGUCCUUUGCAAGUGUGUACGAAUCUACCAGGCGGAUACACUUGCAGUUGUCCCGCUGGGCAUAAAUUAGUUGGUAAUCAUGCUUGCGAAGAUGUUAAUGAAUGUGACUUACGUGAAAGCAUAGGUAUAUGUUCAGAAAAUGCUGAUUGUAUCAAUACAGUAGGAUCCUAUCAGUGUCGAUGUCAUCAAGGAUUCAAGAUUGCUGCAGUUAAUGACAAGGUAUGCGUGGACGUAGAUGAAUGCAUAAACUCAAGGCCCAGUACACUCUGCCAGCAUCGUUGCAACAACGUGUGGGGCGGCUAUAGGUGUUCCUGCCACAGAGGCUACAGGUUGAACCCGGCUGAUAAUCACACCUGUACGGAUAUAGACGAAUGCACAGAAUUCAAGCACAAGAAGUUAUGUAUUGGACGUUGUCUUAACGAGCCCGGCAGCUACCGGUGUUCCUGCCCCUCUGGGUACAGGCUGUCUGAAGAUAAAAGAAGUUGUGUUGAUAUUGACGAAUGUAAAACCGGUGAAGGUCCUUGUGCAACUGGUGAUCAAUAUAACGGUUCCAGUGUAGUCUGUCUGAAUACUCGAGGAGGAUAUCAAUGUCUGAAAAUCACGUGUCCGCCAGGAUACAAAGUUGAGGGUAGACAUCGUUGCAAUAAAAUUGAAACCUAUUGCCCGGUAGGAGACUGGGAAUGUUUCCAUCAGCCUGGCAUAUACUCAUACAACUACAUAACGUUUGUCUCUAAUUUGUAUUUUCCCGAAUCUAAGUUGGAUCUUUUCACAAUGAAAGGACCAUCGUGGCCGUAUGCCAAGUUGAAAUUUGAAUUACGUGUUGUGGACGUGGACGCUCCUCCUUCAGUUACAGAGGCUGAUAUAAAUGAUUUCUUGUUGACUCAAACCGACAAUCAAGCGGUAACAUCACUAGUUAGAUCACUGGAAGGUCCACAGACUAUAGAACUCGAAUUAUUGAUGGAACUCUACAGCAGAGGACAGUUCGGAGGGAGUUCUGUUGCAAAAUUGUUUAUCUUUGUAUCGGAAUAUGAAUUC